GGGCGGGGCCGACCAGGGGCUCGCUGGGAUUUCGCGCGUCCUAGGCUGGGAGGCGGGUUCUGCUCUGCUCCGGCAAGACUCGAAAGUACAUUGGUCUGGCAGCUGCAGCAGGGGCCCUGGGCAGGCACUGAGGCUGAGCCAGCCCGAAAGACCCCGGGGGAUGGGGCACCCCGAGCCGACCCUGCCCCCGACGCCCGAGGCAGGCCACGCCAGUUACAUAAAGGGCUUAUAUAAAGGGCUCAGCCGGCGCGGCCACAUGGGCUGUAGCGAGAGGAGGUGCAGAAGAGGCAGCGGGCCCAAGAGCUGCAGGUGCCCGGUCUUCACCACGGACACCAUACCUGCAGCCCCGGCCCCGCCGCGGCCGCUCUGGGCGGCUAGGGCAGCCCAGUCCCCCGGGCAUCCCCGGGACGGGGCGGACCAUCACCCUCCGAGGGGGAAGAAGAGGAAGAGGGCGACUCAGGGGAAGCAGGGCUUGAGCCAGGUCCCAGCCCGAAGUCCCGCUCCGCCGCGUCUCGGGGCCGGACGGAGGGAUGAAGAAAGGGGGACCCCAGCAGCGCCGUUGCUGCUCCCCCCGCCGCCCGCAGCCAUGGAAACGGGCGAGGAGGACGGUGUUCGCCGAGGGACACAAAGCAGUGAGCGGAAAAGGCGAAGCCCAGGGCUUCGGGCGCCCAGCGCAAAGCUGAGGCCGGCGGCAGCGGCCCAGGCCCAGGCUCAGGCCCAGGCCCAGGCCAUGGAGGCAGCCGCGGAAGAGGAGGCGGCGGCGAGCAAGGCCUACCUGGCGGCGGCGCUGAGGCGGCGGGAGGCGGCGGCGGCGCGGCCCCGAUACAGUUUGCUGGCGGAGAUCGGGCGCGGCAGCUACGGCGUGGUGUACGAGGCGGUGGCCGGGCGCAGUGGGGCCCGGGUGGCUGUGAAGAAGAUCCGCUGCGACGCGCCUGAGAACGUGGAGCUGGCGCUGGCCGAGUUCUGGGCCCUGACCAGCCUCAAGCGGCGCCACCAGAACGUGGUGCAGUUCGAGGAGUGCGUCCUGCAACGCAACGGGCUGGCCCAGCGCAUGAGCCACGGCAACAAGAGCUCGCAGCUGUACCUGCGCCUUGUGGAGACCUCGCUCAAAGGUGAAAGGAUUCUGGGUUAUGCAGAGGAGCCCUGCUAUCUCUGGUUUGUCAUGGAGUUCUGUGAAGGGGGAGAUCUGAAUCAGUAUGUGCUAUCCCGUCGGCCAGACCCAGCCACCAACCGAAGUUUCAUGCUACAGCUUACCAGUGCCAUCGCCUUCCUACACAAAAACCACAUCGUGCACAGGGACCUCAAGCCCGACAACAUCCUCAUCACAGAGAGAUCUGGGGUCCCUGUCCUUAAGGUGGCUGACUUUGGACUCAGCAAAGUUUGUGCUGGGCUGGCACCUCGAGGGAAAGAGGGUGGUCAUGACAACAAAAAUGUGAAUGUGAAUAAAUACUGGUUGUCCUCAGCCUGUGGCUCUGACUUCUACAUGGCCCCUGAGGUCUGGGAGGGACACUACACGGCCAAGGCGGACAUCUUUGCCCUCGGCAUUAUUAUUUGGGCCAUGAUAGAACGGAUCACGUUCAUUGACUCCGAGACCAAGAAGGAACUGCUGGGGACCUACAUCAAACAGGGGACAGAGAUUGUACCCGUAGGGGAAGCGCUGCUAGAAAACCCAAAGAUGGAGUUGCACAUCCCCCAGAAACGCAGGACUUCCAUGUCUGAGGGGAUCAAGCAGCUCUUGAAAGAUAUGUUAGCUGCUAACCCACAAGACCGACCUGAUGCCUUUGAGCUUGAAACAAGAAUGGACCAAGUCACAUGUGCUGCUUAAAAUUCAGGGCAAAGCACCCCGGGCGUUUUAUAACUGGGUUGACUUCGCAGGGACCCACAAUCUCUUCAGUAUGUGCAUAGAGGGAAGCAGAGGAUCAAGAAGUGGCUGGGUGGAUGAUGGGCACUCUCCGGACAGCUGGAUCUCCGGCUAUGUGAAGCUUUUGUUUGGGGGGUGGUUGUGGUUUUUCUGUGUGUUUAAUUUUUUUUCUCCCCCUCCUUUCAAUUUUUCUUUACCUUUUAUUGGGAAGCCAAUUGAGACUUCAGAAGAGCAGGAGCUAUUCCGAUGGACAGGCACCAGUUUGUUUAAAUCCAAUUCAAUAUGGACAGAGCAUAUGUGUACUUUUUUUUUCAGAUGGAAUGGGAAAAGGAUAUUCAUCUUUUUUUUUUUUUCCUCCUUUCCCCUCUCUAUGUCUCUGUCCUGAUUUUUCAAACAACUCAUUGAGAAAGAUCCUUUUGUUCAGCCUUUCAAACCCAUUCAAGGCCAGAAGAACUUUUUCUAAGAACUUCUGCUGGUGUGAAGUAGGUAGCUCUUCCUCUUCCUCUUUCCCUAGGUCAAGGAUUUGUUCUGGCCCAAGGAUGAUCCUAUUGGAUAACUAGGGAGAGAGAAGAGGCCCCUUUGUCUUCAGUCCUGAUAUCCAAGUAGCCAGCAAUGACUUAUCCCAUGGCAGAGAGUAAGAGACAAGAAGUAGGGCGUGUGUGCUGGGUCAGACCUGGGAAAAUAUGGGAGGGCCCAGUGCAGAGUUUGGGGAAGGGCAUCCCCAGUCUCAUAAUAUUCUUUGGUGUCCAAGCAUCCAAACCUCAGAUCGCAGCCAGGAAUUGGAUCCCCUCUGUUGGAUGUUUUAUGCAUAUAUACUGUCUGUUUCUAUUGGUCCAUCUGUCUUUUAUCACUCUUACUUUGUCUCUCUAUUGUAAGCUCAGAUUCCUGAUUGAGUGAGCUAAGAAAGGGUUGUAAAAGGAUUUUCCCAUGUCCAUCUUUGUGUGUGUUUCUUCUGCCAGGGGAAUCCAGGAGAGAAACCAUUUGUGCCAAAUCUUUGCUAGGAAGGCAGCCAUGUGAUGGUGUUCUCAGGCUAGUCUUACCUGGUACCCCUUUUAGAACCAGCAAAAGAGGUGGGGUCCUUCCUAGAACUGGCCCAGUUAUAGUCUGCUAGCAGCAUUUUCAUGGGGGAUAUAAUGGGAACAGACAAACUGAGGCUAACGCAACUGGCCUUGCCAAUGCAUCACUGCCUGGGCUGGGUACAUGCAGCCCUUGGGGCUUGGCUGGCAGAAACCUUUCCAUGCCCUGUUCCCUGUAGAUGGAGGUGAAAGUGAAAGGAUCUGUCUCAAAGUGGGUGUUUUCCAUAGGAAUGUACUUGCUCAAAAGGAAAGGCCCUACUGAACUAGAGAAGCCCAUUUGCCAGCCUAGAAACCUUUCAUGCAAUCAGCUCAUCACCUUCAAAAUCUCCAGAUUCUUUAUUCACUUGGUGUGUCUAUGCACACUCUUUCACCCUUACUCUCUCAUAUUCUUUGUCUCUCUACCCAGUGUACUUGCUGUCUCUCAAGGUUAGUUUACCCUUUGUAUCUAUUCUCUCUCAGUAUGAUUGACUGCUAAAGCUAAAUUUUUUGAAUAUAUAUUUUUGUUAUUCCUCUCCAUCUCAGUGGCAAAGGUAUUAUUUACCCAGUUAUAGCCAGAGUAGGACAGGUGAUAGGUGUUAGAGGGAAAAAAAUUUUUUUCUUUCUGCCUAAAGUCAGGAAAGAUUGACCAGGGAUGAGUUAAGAGAGAAUUGACAGGAACAAAUAAAAGGCAUUUUUUUAGUAUUUCUGCAUCUCCUUUGGUUUGACAGGUUCCUUCCAGCACAUCCAAUUUGGGACCUUGUUUUCUGCACCUAUAUUCAAAAAUAUCUAUUUUUCCAAUUCCUGUUGGGAUUGCUCUAGCUUUCAAAAACUGACACAUGCUCCACAUCUGUUGUGGACAGUUAGUUUCAGUAAACAUGAUUCAGCAGCCCCCUGUCCUAGGAGUCCAACUCAUUUGUUCUAGCUCUGACUUCGUUUUUCUAACUUCUUAGGUAGAUAACUCCUUAGAUCAGUAUGAAAACACACUGCUCUUGAAAGUGGGAUCUGGGAAUCCUAAUUAAAGUGAAAGCUGCUUCUUUACCCCCAAUUCUCUUUUCCCAUGGGGCAGACUUGUCUCUUCAUUCAUUACUGAAUGGUGAAAAAAAGUCCUAUAUUUCAGUGCCACAAAUUCCCCUUUGUAUCUUCUUCCCUGAACCCCUGCACAGAAAUCCCUAAUGAGGGUUCAAGGACUAAUAUGUUUUAUUUAAAGAUUGAUUGGAGCUUGGGAUGUUUUUUUUUUUCCCCUCUAUCAUCUUCUCUCCUUCCCAGUUCUGUUUCAAGAUUCUUGCCCCUCUCCUCACGGAAACAUCUUCUCUUCACCCUUUAGUGACGCAGAAUCUCCCCAUCCUUUCAGUAGGUCACAAAGUUCCAUGUUUCCGAUCAUUCUAGUCCACAUUGUGACAAAGAUGGUUGUGUUUGGUGUUCAGCACGCAGCCUAAGACCAAGAGUUGGAGCUCUUCGCUCCUUGGCCUCCUAGCAUCAGAAGCUGGCUUUGAUUUUGGCUUUGACCUGAGCAUCAACCAGGACUUCACUGACCCUGGCUCUAGUGAGAGCCAUCCAUUCAGUUCAAAGUGCCUGCCCUCCAUUUGUCUGCUAUCUGGAAGCCACAUCAGGAAGGCACCAAGCUGAGUGUCUGUGCUCAGGUGCUCUCCUUCACCAGAAAGCCAAGAUGUCUGGGGGCUUGGUCUAGGGCUGGUCAGCAGUGUGUACCAUGGCACAGCUAGGUAGCUCUAGACGCAGUUAAUGGUGUUCACUCCUUUUACCGCGCCCCUUCCACAUAACUCUUCUUUUCUCCCCAUGCGCAUGUCCUGGGCCUAAUAAUGGCCUUGCUCAAUUCUACGUGCUCAGCAUGGCCUAUCUCAUCCCAGAUUGAGAAGGAAAGUCUAGGAUUUCAGGAGCAAUAGGUACUCUUGCUUGGCUGUUUCCUUACUGUACAGCCCUUUCCUCUCCCUAAAAAUCCCUUUCGGCAAAAUGGUAAUAUUUAAUUACUUUCCCAGGAGUCUGUGGAAUGGACUUCAACUCUGCAGAAUAGAAAAUCAUAAAGGGCAUUCCAUCUAAAGGCCCAAGCCUGCAUUUUCCCUGUGGAAAGCAGAUAGGCCUCCUGGGCUACAUCUGUUUCUCUUAAGGCCAGAGAAUCCCAGGGACAGACCAUAGUGCCUUAAACUGGAAAAUUUCAGCCUCACAAACUAUAUCACACUUUUGUCUUCCCCACUCCUCCUUUCUCCCAUCUGUUUCCCAUCUCAUUUUUCUUCUCCACUCAGCUUUGUUUCCCAUCUCCUUCCCAUCAAUGUCCGUAGACACUUUAGUUCCCUUCCUCCUGACUUUUCUGGUCUUGUGUUCUUGUUUCUCUGAAUCGUCAGGGAAGGGCUUUUAAUCCUGGACAUAAGUAACUGUAUGAAAUUCUCAUGUGAGUGGGAAGACCCUUUUGCCUUGUGACCCACCUUAUUUUUUCCUAUACCUUCCUGAGGCCAUUGGUGGUUAUCCUAGAGGAAGAGGGGCCUCCAUCUGGAUCUUGGUUUAUAGUAAGAACUUUGUUUGUAGUCAGACCUCCCUAUUCCCCGGUCUUUGUCUCCUCCCCAUCCUUCUCUCUGCUGAUAGCGCUGCUGGCUAAGAUUCCUUCUGGGGGCACGUCCCCACUAGUGACAUAAGCUGGGAGAGUGUCAAUGCACAGGAAUGUGGGGUGAGUCCAGUAGUGCAGGCUGGGGUUCAGGAAGCUCACAGGGCGCUCACUAGCAGAAAUCAUAAAUCUUCAGAAUAAACUCAAUUACCCACUUUGGGGCAUUGAAGACAGCUCUGAGGUCUUGACAACCUGGUGAUUAAGCCCCAUUUUGUUGGCCCCUCUCUCCCAGCCCCAUAGAUGGAACAAAUGUCUUCCUCUCCAUCAUACCCUGCCUCAUGCCCAGACUUUGCAAAGUCUUUCCUCAAAGUAAUAUGAUUCCCCAAGGGGUCUAGGAGCGAGCGAGUGUAUGAAAUUGUUUACUUUUGAUACGUCCUGUUUACAGUAGGGAGGGGCCAAAUUCCCUGGGCAGAGUGGGUUGGGACUUUCAAAGCACAAGGAGUUCAAAUCCUUAUUGAACACCUGGUAUCUAUCCUGUGUGAUACAAGCCAGCCAGCAGUUAGUCCUGGGAGGGGUAUUAUAUUCUUGUCCCUUUCUUUCUCCUCUCCUGUUUUCAGAAUCCAGAGGUGCUAGGACUAACCGGCCUGUAGUCCCCUUCCCAGGUCUUCCUGCCUGUUUUGUCUCUCUCUCCCUUCCCUCCUCCUUUCGGGAUUUUUAGCUCCUUAAUAUAUCAAAUGUCUCCUUGAACCAGAGUGCUUGGAGCAAUAAGAUUUUUUUUUUUUAAUGUAACUGAGGAAAUGAACAUCCCUAUGGAUUCUCUGCCUCAAUUCUGUUUUGUUUUUCUUUUUGAAGUCUCAGUAGGCAGGAUCUAGUCUGGUUUUAAACCUGCCUAGUUACCAGAAACGGGCAUAAAUACCACAUCUCACCACUUCUCCAGGCAAGCAAAUCCUCAGGCUGAAGGAGCAGGGAAUACUCCUGAUUUGUUUUGUGGGCCUCUUGCUGCACACUGCCAACGCAGCUCACCAGCCUGGCCUAGGGAAUGUGCCUUGCCUGCCACUGGCUGAAUUUAUACACACCCCCAGAUCCAUGUAUCCAGCCUGGCUGGGGUCUCUUUUGCUAUUGCUUGCCCAGCUUCCCCUUUCUGGGCCUCUGGACCAAGAUCAGACCACUGAUUAUGUCCUUCCUUUCCCAUACUUCCAUAUGUUAAUGAAUUUCAACCAUCUUGCAAGUGGAAACCCCGAAAGCCCCAGACUUUGGGCAUUUGUUUGCAAUGGUUGGUGUUGGUAAGGUAGACAGAAUACUGCCACUCAGAAGCCACAGCACUGAAUUAAUUAUAAUGCCUCUGAUCUUGCCAUGCCCAGGAAUUUGAUUAAAGGAUUGACUUGGUUGUAUGAUUUUACUUGUUAAUAACUCCAUAGCCUGGUCCCAAAUGUGAAGGCAUAGCAACCCUUCCAGAUACUCAGAAGAAUAACAUUAGCAAAGUACUUCAUGUGUAGAGACAUCAACAGCAACAAACUUCUUGCUGGCAAGCCCCCUAUACAUUGUCGGUAGAUUUUGGUGCCAUUGGUUUCAGUGUGAUAUCGAUAAAGCUUUUUUUUAGCUGCUUCCCUUAGAAUUCUGACUUCAGAAUAGCCCACUCCUGCCCUGGGUUUUACUCCCCACUUCUCAGCCCCCACUACCAAACAAUUCCACUCAAAUACUUAGAGAGCCCUAGUCUGGGGAGGAGGAGCCUGCCCCCCCUCUGUAAAGUUGCCCUGCAGGCAGCUUGGGACUUGGCACUUCCACAGCACUUUGAACCCCCAGCUCCCCCUUUUCCUUGGUCAAAACAGAGGGAAGGGGCAAAAUUCUUAUGGAAGAUGGAAAAGAUUGGUGGCCAUAUAAGUAGGAGAAAGAGAGGUCAUCUUCACCUCUCAAAACUCUUUUCCUAAAAAGCAACUUGAUUAGAUAGAACAGGGGGGCUCCUUCAAUACAGUGGACAGGACAGAGGUGGGCAAAUUGAGGGAAAGGCUUAAUUAAACCCAGGCUCAAAGUUAGUUUAAAAUACUAGUUAACAAAUCUAUUUUUCUGGGUUUUUUUGUUUUGUUUUGUUUUGUUUUUUUUGUUUUUUUUGUUUUUGUUUUUUGGUUUCUUUUUUUUUUUUUUUUUUUUUUUUUUUGCACAGAAGCUGGUAAUCUAGGACCUAUGUGUGAACAACUUUAUAUAAAUAUUUUUUGUACUCAGUUUACUUGGGUUGGAUUAAAACCUUGUAUUUAAGUUCCUCGAACACUGUGGAUCCCCUGAUGUGUAUGAAUGGCAGACACUUUGUAAAUUAAGAGAUGUUUGUGUGAAUAAAGCUAUUUGAUGGGGUUGAAGAAGCCAUCUGUGAUUUGAA